GGAAUACCAGCGGUGUGCUCCGCAGUGGCCGCGAUCGCUCUCGCGUCCGUGACCGCGCGUCCGAACCGAUCUGAAACCAACUUUAGCGUCGGGUUAAAGGUUUUCAAGGUUCAAAGACCAGCUGGGGGGAGAGAAAUCGGCGAUUUGCAGGAAGGCGCCGCGGAUCUACUUGCGGCGGCGGAGCGGUCUGUGCGAUUAGGAAGAUGUCGGUCGGCAGCAAACUGCGCCCGAUUGAAAAGUAGCGUGUCCGAGCGAGGAGAUAGAGAGAGAGCUGGGAGUGUCCGGGACGCGGGACGAUGCGGUGAGAUGUCGUCGAUGCUGCCGUUCUCGCCGCCGAUCGUGAAGCGACUGCUGGGCUGGAAGAAGGGCGAGUGCGAGGACAAGUGGAGUGAGAAGGCCGUGCGCAGCCUGGUCAAGAAGCUCAAGAAGUCCGGCGGACUGGACGAGUUGGAAAAGGCCGUGUCCAACCAGGACCCCAAGACCAAGUGCAUCACCAUCCCCAGUCCUCGCGGCGCUCAAAACUCUGCGUCAGGCUCGAGGGUGGACUCCGGGGGAUCGACCUCGUUCAGGUACACAAUCCAGAAUUACCAGACACGCAGGUCGCUGGACGGGCGGCUGCAAGUGUCGCACCGCAAGGGACUGCCGCACGUCAUCUACUGCCGGCUGUGGCGCUGGCCCGACCUGCAGAGCCACCACGAGCUCAGGGCCCUCGACCUCUGCCAAUACGCGUUCAACCUCAAGCGCGACGAGGUCUGCAUCAACCCCUACCACUACUCCAGAGUAGAGCAACCAGAACUGCCCGCGAUUUUGGUGCCGCGGCACACAAUUACGGGCGACAACAACGAGUACCCGCUGCUGGACGACAUCUCGACGUCGUCGGUGCCCGAGAACACCAACUUCCCUGGGCUGGGCAACCUGGCGGGCCACGCCAACCUGAACCACCUGAACAGCCUCAACAACCUCAACUCCUCCUCGGGGGGCAGCAGCCUCCACAGCUCCAGUCUCGUGGGCAGCUCGCUCAGCAUUUCGGCCUCGUCCGCCGCCUCCACCGCCUCCACCAUGAGUCCGGGCGGGGGGCAGGGCUCGGCCGCCUCCCUCAGCCCCGUCCCGCCCACCGAGACGCCGCCCCCGGGCUACAUGUCCGAGGACGGCGAGAACCAAGACCACAAUGACAACCUGAGUCUGUCUCCAGACUCUAGUCCGCACGUCGACUCCCAGCCUGUGAUGUACUGCGAACCGGCCUUCUGGUGUUCCAUCAGCUACUACGAGCUCAACACGAGGGUUGGCGAAACUUUUCACGCAUCUCAGCCGUCCAUCACAGUGGACGGGUUCACUGAUCCGAGCAACUCUGAGCGGUUCUGCCUGGGGCUGCUGUCGAACGUGAACCGCAACCAGGUGGUGGAGCAGACGCGGCGCCACAUCGGCAAGGGCGUCCGGCUCUACUACAUUGGCGGGGAGGUCUUCGCCGAGUGUCUCAGCGACUCGUCCAUUUUCGUGCAGUCGCCAAACUGCAACCAGCGCUACGGAUGGCACAUGGCCACCGUCUGCAAGAUUCCUCCUGGCUGCAACCUGAAGAUCUUCAACAACCAGGAGUUUGCGGCUCUGCUUUCGCAGUCGGUCAACAAUGGUUUCGAAGCUGUUUACCAGCUGACCAGGAUGUGCACCAUUCGAAUGAGCUUUGUCAAGGGCUGGGGAGCCGAGUACAGACGACAGGCGGUGACGUCGACGCCGUGCUGGAUCGAGCUGCACCUGAACGGGCCGCUGCAGUGGUUGGACCGCGUGCUGACCCAGAUGGGGUCGCCGCGGCUGCCCUGCUCGUCCAUGUCGUGAACUUGUGAAGAACUAAAGCCGGGCCCUGUCGGCGCCCAACGCUGAUUCUCUCCUGCGACGUGUGCGCGCGCGUUUUGUGCUUCUGGCAAGCAAACUCUUUUUCUAAGCAGAUAUUUUUGCGAGUGAGUCCUCGGACGAAGAAGCACUUGUUAAUCCUAGUUACUAACCUGCUCCCUUAACACACGCAUGCCCCAGUUCCUACCCACGUAAAUUGACGGAAAACAAAAAUAUAUAUAUGUUAAUGUACUCUCGAAAACAAUAAGCUGCUCAAACGCUCUCUAAACGUAUAAUUCAGUCUUGCCUGCAGAAAAUUUAAAAUCUAUUCCGAAGAAGCUGCGACUUUGUUGUUUGCGAAUUUUAAAUUAUUUGUCGAAUCAAAUUUAACCGUUCUCGUCUUCUUAUUCGUAUUUUAAGCAGUAGUUUUUCUAACCAGUGCCAAUGCAAAAAUCUGUUACUUAAAUUGGCGGGCCAUUUUUCCGGUUAUUGUGGCCAAUGUGCUGAAAAGAAUUUAAAGCUCUUGUAUAUUUUGCAGUUCCUCCUCGUUUGGCCACAGUAAAUGGAAACCAGGGCUGUUGAAAAUUGUAUCUCGCAUAUAAUCGUAAAAGUAUAUUUAGGCGGAAAAUAUAAAAACUGAUUUAGUAAUUUAUAAACGUGAUAGAUAAUAUUAGAAAAGCACUCUAUCGAAAAGAAUUUAAAUUCAAAAUUAUCUCUACGGAAAAAGAAAAUUAUUUAAUAUAAAUCUAUAUUUAAAUGAAUAUAUAAUAUAUAAAUCUUCAUAGUUUUUGGACAAAAUCACACUUCUUGCUAUAUUCUUGCUGGCAAAAGUUAAACUUCUCCGUAGCUGUAAGUAUAAAAUUAGGACUCGCCUAGUUGGUAUAACAAUUAAACAAGUAGAAAAAAGAACAAUUAAAUAAAAGUACCUGCAUGUGAGAAUAGCUAACGCAUCCGGUCGAUCAGUUAAAGCUUAAUUAACGAAACUCAAGAAAAUUAGCAGCUUUGUACAUAAAGGAAGAAAAUCAAUAACCUUCUUUCGCGCAGCUUAGUACGUUUUGCAAGUAGUUCUUUUUUACCGCGCUCUCAUUUGUCUGUGUGUUGACGAAACCAGUUCAACAUAAAUAUAAUAAUUGUAGCAUAAUAUAAUAAUUAAUUAACACAACAAAAAGUGCAAUAAGCGAAGAAAAAAAAAUCACGAGGAAUCUGAAAUUUUUAAAUCACCGUAUUUUUGCAAUUCUAGUAGGAGAUUUUUUAAGAAAAACGCGCACUUUUCCAAGAUGAUUUUUGAACCUUUUACACAACAAUUUAAGAUAAAAUGUGUACGAGCCGAUUAGUUAUUGUCAAAAUCGAUUGGAAUGGUCAGCAGAGCUGGGAGUUAUUUUGCUAUUACCUCUACACACACACACGUACAUAAUAUUAAAAACUACUUUUCUCUUAACUUACGUAUUUUAAAUCUAUAGCUAAGUGUCUAAUAACAAAUCGCAGGAUCUGAAUUGCAGUUUGUAUAUUGUUUGUUCGGAAUUCUGUGUUUUCCGAAGCAGCCACAACAUGUGAA